GUAAGCAAGACUCGAUACGAAUGGCAUUUGGUAGUGCUGAAGAACUGUGACGGUUGUCAAUCGUUGGUGGGUACUGGCAACACCACGUUCACUCAUGGGUUUCACGAUCGCCAACACGCGCUGUCUCAUCAUCGUCCAUCUCUUCAAUCCACUUUUGUAAACAAUUGGCUGGGAUACCUGGCGUCACAUCACAUCGUAUAGGGCUGAACUAGUCAUGUUGCAUACGUAGCGUUGCUUCUGAGACGCAGCCGGUGUGAGAUCUUUAACACAUUCAUGCAACCCUUCAAGGAAACCCACCUUAGUCAUUAAUUGCAGCUUUCCCGUGCUGUUCAAUCCUCUGCUACUACAGUCGCACUGUUUUAACUUUGCAAUCAAUGUAUUGGCUCAAAUCUAGUUGUCUCUCUCCCGCCUUCGUACGCUCCCGUUCAUGUGAUGGCUGGACGGGGUCGCAGCGGUAGCAACGCUGAUCAGUCAUCCACAACGACCACCGAAGCCCGUUCGAAGGGCACGCGCCGGAAGAUUUCUCUCGUUUUCAUAACAGUCAUUCUUAAUAUACUGCUUUGGAGUGCUAUCAUUUGCAUCGCCGCAUCCCUCUAUCAGAUCAUCUCAGAUCCAUUUAAUACUUCAAGUUACGCCCAAGUGGCUUUAACGAUAAUAUCAGCCCUAGUGACGAUUGGAUACACCAUCUUUCACUCGAUUCUUUCACUGAAGCAAAAGCUAUGGGAGCAGCAACGGCGAUACUCGGUCGCCAUGAAAAGGAAUUCUACUGUUCCUACUCGUAUAGCAGGAUCAAUGUGUGCACUCUGGCUGCUGACCUCCGGUUGGGACAUGAUACUGGUCGCAAGCACACCUGUCUGUUUGCCAAUGGCGCCGGGGCUGGACAGUUCGGAAUAUGGCCUCACCUGUCAUGUUAGUCGUGUGGGAAUAGCAUUCGCGGUAAUCUCACUUGCUGCGUCAGUUGCCCUCUUGGGCAUUCUCGCUGGGGUUGGCCGCCCGUUCGAAGCGCAUUUGCUCAACCAUGGUUACCAGCCGCCAAUCGAAGUGUACUCAAAACCCUAUACUCCCGGACCAUCUGAUUCGGUGGUUGUCAUGUAUCAAUCUAACGAGCAUUUCGAAAGGCCAAAGUCUUUGCAUGAGAUUAAAGUCUCUGAUCCUUCGAACGCUGAUUCAGAUUUACCCAGUCCUGAGGAUGCUUUGCUACGUGCAAUCAUGUCACCUCCUUAUACAGUGUUUUCUCCUCGAAGAGGUGUUUUCACGUCUCAUCAUACGCCACCGCCCAUUCCUGCCGAGUACGCUGCUCCACGACGAAACUCAUUACCUGGCACCUUUCGAGUAGCAAGCCAGCCACACAGAUACCAAAAGUCACUUGCAAACUCGUCGCGAUCUUUUGUAUCUGGUGUAGUCCCAGGCUCUAUACGACAAUCAUUACCUGCGCACUUUUCGACAGCGACAUGGCGCGUUGCCCAUCCCAACCCAGCGUCACUAGCACUAUUAGCUCAUUCUCAUCCCGAAGUUGUCAACCGCAGGUUUUCCUCCUAUCAGAGUCCCUAUUCUCGCCAUUCGAUGACACUCACCCGCCCACAACGCCUGAGCUAUCAUUCAGCUACUCCAAGUGUCCGUUCACAAUCUGAACAUACAGACUCAGAUCGCCGAAGUAACUCGUUAUCGAGAGCCAAUUCAAACGAAAUAGCGCGUGCCUUCGUGAAAGGUCUACAUAUGCCCGCACCCGCCCAUCCCACCAACCGCCCUCGCAACAUCCGCAUAAUAACUACCCUCGACACCGGAUCCACCGAAAAACAACUCCACCGCAUGAGUGCUCCCCUUUCAACUCAUACCACACAAGACUCACCACCAACAUUCUUCAACCCAAACAGACCCUACAUCCGCAGCGCCUCCCCAGGCUUCCUCAGCUUCUUCAGUCCCGACACCAGUCCCGUCGACACCUCUCCUACGGACCCCAGCCCCCCAACCACCACCCUCACCCCCACCACCAAAACCAACCACAAAAUUCCACGCAAACCCAUCCCGCUCUCCCGUCGCCCCUCGGAAGCCGCAAGAGCCAUGUUCAGCAACAUGCCCGAUGACUUACCGAUUCUUCCGCGAUCGCCUAGAUCGCCUGGUGCGACGAUGCUGGUUAUGAUGACGCAUGGACCUGUUAAGCAGAAGAGGAUGAGUGUAUACGAGGAGGUGAAGAAUAAGCCCUUGCCUCGGAUUGCGAUUUUGUAGGUACAUAGAAGAAAUGUGUGGUUGAUGGAGAUUGACUUUGCAUUUUGAGCGAGUUUUUUUUUAGAUAUCGGGAAAGGGAGUUUGAGAAUGGUGGUUAUGAUGGCGUUAUGAGGUUGUUUGUUUGGAACUAUGUGUAUAAUGCAUAAUGACUCUCAUGUCUUCUGUUUUUUCUUU